AUAUAUCUGACCUUCCCCAGCUGAGCAAGGGCCACUGCAGCUCUCUCUCUCUCUCUCUCUCUCUCUCUUUCUGUGUCUGUUUUUCUUUUGAGUUUGCAGAAGGGGAAAUCUUCUUGAGAUUUGUUGAGCCUGAAGCUGUUUCAACCAAAGAUUUGAGCUUGCCAUGGAUGACCAGAAGGAGAAAAAUGCUUGGAUGUCUAUUCCACAAUUCGGAGCAUGGGAUGGAAACGGUAAUAUGCCUGACUACUCCAUGGACUUCUCAAAGAUUAGAGAGUCUAGGAAGCAGAAUAAGAAAGACAUUUCAAGAGCCAGUAUCGGCAAUGAAGAAGAGCUUGCCAAUCCCCAGCGGCAUGAUGGCAAAAACGAUCACAAAUCUCAUGAUCAUCAUCAUCAUCAGCAGCAGCAGCAGCAGCAAAUAGAACUUCCAAUGCACGCUCCAAAUGGCUCACCAAGUAGGAGGAAGAAGAUACUGAGCUGCUUCACCUGUUGCGUAAGCGCGUGACUUUUAUUGGACUUGAUAUAGCGUUGUAUCAGUGUUCUUGGUAGCAUUUUACAUCUUUUUACUUAAAUGGAGAAGCUGCGGAGUUUGAUUUUGUUUGUACAUCUAUCAUUGCUCAAAAAAAAAAAAAAAAAAUCUCGUGGUUUUUUGGGAGAAAAUUGCUAUGGACCGUUGAGCAUUUACUGGAAAACACGUUUCCUUUUCUGGGUGGUGUUCUUUUGUAAGUUCUUUCAAGAAAAAAAAAGGAAUUUCUUGGUGACU